AUGGCUGGGGAACGUGAUGCUCGUGCGAAGGAGCGUGCAAUCCUGCGUAGGGAUCAAGUCAUCGCUCGAAUUCGCCAGAUACACUUAUUGGCCACAAGCUCAGCCACUGAUGAAGCUAGUAGAUCUCAACUAGCUGUGGCUAUUGUCGAUAUUGAUAGCUUGUGGGCCAGCUUUGUUAUUGAGAACAAUAAUCUUCUAGACAUACUUACCGAAUCGGAUUUGUUGGGGGAGUUUUCUGUGAACUUAGAAACUGAGACCCGUGCUUUGGUGGUAGAAGCUAAGGCCUUGUACAAGGCAUCUCAACCAACUCCAGCUUUUAAUGUCGGUGCGGUUCAACAAGUGUCGUAUGAGGGUAUAAUUGACCAAGCAAGUUCUUCUGCUGGGGGGUCGUCCAAGGAUUGCUCAGUUCCCUAUCCUCCGUUGGCUGUGGCACCUAUGAGGUUGCCUGAAAUCCCUCUGCCUACUUUUGAUGGUGAAUGCCACAACUGGCCAGCCUUUAGGGACAUGUUCGUCAAUUUGGUGGCUAACAACGAUAAGAUCCCGAAUGUUACCAAGUUCUAUUACCUGGUGGGGUGUCUGCAUGCUGAUCCGCAAGAAGUCAUCAAGGGAUUUUCGAUUUCAAAUGAGUCUUUUACUCUUGCCUGGGACGCAUUGAUCGAACGCUACGAUAAACCGCGCAGGUUAGCUUCGUCAAUAAUCGAUAAGUUAAUAUCCGCUCCCGCCUCGAAUUCUGAAAAUCUUGCAGUUCUGCAAACCUUUAUGUCGGUUUUCGACGAAAACAUCACGAUCCUGGAGUCGCUCCAGAUCCCGGAUCUAGCGUCGUUUCUGUUAUUUUCAUUGGCUGCUAGGUGUUUACCUACAUUCUCGAGACGUCUUUUCGAGGCUGAAAACAAUGAAGAAUAUCCGUCGAUACAGAGCGUGAUCAAGUUCGUUAAAACUAGAAUCCAGGUUCUUGAAAAUGCAGGUGUACAAUCGGCAGGAAGCUCCUCCUCGAAGUCGGCCAAUAUCAAGAAAACUGGUUUCCGUCGGGAACCGAAGACCGCAUUAGUAUCGACGCCCAAACCUUCGACGUCCAAACAUUCCUCGACCAAACCUACUUCGGCGUCAUGUUACGUUUGUUCCGGUGCUCACCAGCUAGCUGAUUGCGCGAAAUUUAAGGCUUGCUCGGUCGAUGAACGCUACAAGGUGGUGUGCACGCAUCGCCUUUGCAUGGUCUGUUUGAAUCACGGGCACAUGUCGUUUAAGUGUUCCUCUUCGUGCUCCAUAUGCAAGAGGCGCCAUCAUGCGCUACUACAUCGAGAUCAGGAACCGUCGAAAUCCGCUCCUCCGGCUGCCAUGUUAGGCCGCCAACAAGCCCCAACGGUCUUGCUCGGGACCGCUUUGGUACAUGUACGAGAUACAAUUGGCAGUUGCCAGACCGUGCGCGCUCUGAUCGAUUCGGCAUCGCAGAUCAGUGCAAUCACAUCGGCUUGCUGUAACCGCUUGGGAUUACAGCCCUCGCGAUGGACAGUACCUGUGACUGGUCUUUCCGGCCAGAAGGUUCCGGAUGUACAGGGUAUUGUUCAGCUGACGAUCCAGCCAAGGGAUAAGCCAACGCCAGCGAUCCAGGUCAAGCCUUGGGUACUCUCUACCAUCACGUCAGAUAUGCCAGCUCGACAACUGCCAGUUCAGGUACGAGCCAAAUGCAGCCAUCUGAUGUUGGCCGACCCAAGCUUCGAUGAGCCAGCUCCAGUUGAGAUGCUCAUUGGCGCGGAUAUAUUUCCCCAAGUAUGGAAGAACAAGUUCAGCUCGUUGGGUCCAGGUUUCCCUUCCGUUUACAGCUCAGUAUUUGGUUGGGUGCUAAUUGGUCCUGUUCAGGAGCACCCAGAUAUUGGUGCACAAGCUAUGUUGGUGUCGCUAGUAUCGUCCAUGGAAUCCAUCAUAGAAAGGUUUUGGAAGGUGGAGGAACCUGAAGCUGCUCCGCCUCAGUUCACCGAAGACGGAUUGUGUGAAGAACUGCUCAAUUCGGAGAUGCGCAAGGAUCAAGCCCAUCAACCCUCAACCUAUGAUGGCUGA